AUGGACGGGUCAGAGGUUAUCCAUCGUUUGUGGAAUCGGGAUCUUGCUGCUGUCCUGAACUUCCGACAUAUACUUAACAAUCUAAGAUAUUAUGGGACUAUACCUUUAAGGUUCACCCGCGUCAUUCGGAUUGGAUGUAUCAGAAGACAAGCAGAAGAAGAUUUCCAGGAGGGUCGUCGACCCACCCAAGCUACCGCUGGCACCCCUACUCCUGUCCAUGUACAUGUCCCUGUUUCUGGCUCUCCAACUCUCCCAUCCACUCACAAUAGCUAUCAGAUCUUUGAGCUUGCUCCUCUGUCCAAUUCAAAGAUAGAGUUAAUAUCUGCCUACUUUUUGUAUUACAAUAAAUAG